AUGUCCACUGACACAUGUAGGGAGGAGGAGCUUCGAUGGCCUGGUGUAAUCACGACUUUCGACGGAAAGUGCGCGUCAAGUGGACUGCUGCAGGUGAUCACUGUCGAGAAGAAGACUCGGGAGACCGUUCUCACAGCCCAAUCAGCAGCGGACAGAAGAAGAAUUGAAUUCGCAGAGAUGGAGAUAUUUCAGCAACUUGCGCACGCUAAUUGUGUCAAGCUCCUUCAAGGGGCGCUCCGUUACGGGAAGAGGCGGGGGGCCUGUAAGCAGCACAGCCACAGUGACCGACUGACUGACUGUGGAACGGAAUUCGUGUGGAUGAGGUUUGACUUCUGGAGCCCAAAAAGUGUACGUCCUCUUUUGUGCAUAAAGCUGCGGACAGAAUUGUCGGGAAGAGAUGAAGAAGGUUUAAGAUCGCGCCCCUUUUCCAUUGCCUACAGAACACCCCUCUCCACACUAGCCUCAGCCUCUGGAUGGCAGAAUGUCGCAUUUCCUCGUCAUGUUCUGAACUUGUCACCAGUACUCACGAGUACGCCCUCCGUAUGUGAUACAUUCUAA